AUGGAAAAAGGAUUUGAGCAAAUCAAUGAUUACUUAGAUGAAUUGGCCGCUAAAUAUUCGAAUAGUGUUAAGGUCAACAAUGUUGGCAAGUCCUACGAGGGAAGACAAAUUAAAACCAUCCAUGUGAUCUGGGUUGAUGGUUAAAUGCAUGCUAGAGAAUGGAUCUCUCCAGCUGCUGCUUUGUAUGUCAUUAACCAGCUGGUAGAGAAUUUUACAGCCCACGAGGAUUUUUUAGCCACAUAUGACUGGGUUGUUCUGCCUUUCGUUAAUCCUGAUGGAUAUGAGUACAGUCACACUACCGAUCGCAGAUGGAGAAAAAACAGAAAUCCAGCAAGCAGUUCAUGCAACGAAACAGAUCCCAACAGGAAUUUUGACUUCCACUGGGCUGAGGUUGGUUCUAAGAAGAGGAAGUGUUCUGAAUUAUUUCGGGGAGAGAAGGCAUUCUCUGAGCCUGGAACUCAAAUUGUAAAGGAAGAAUUGUUGAAAUUGCAGGGACGUGUCAAGUUCUAUCUGACCAUUCAUUCGUUUGUUGCAAUACCUGGAUAUAAUGCUAUCAAAUCAGCAACAAUUUCCAAAUAUUAUAAGGUUGAAUCAUCGACAAACGUCAUAGAUGCUGCAGCUGGAUGCAGUGAUGAUUGGGCUAUGAGUGUUGCUGGUAUUCCAAUUGCCAUUACAAUGGAAUUGCCUGGCAAAGGUUUUGGCUUCGAUCCUCCGCCACCAAAAAUUAAACUAUUUGUGUCUCAGACAUGGAUCGGUAUUAAGGCUAUGGCUAGGAAGGUCAUUUCCAAAUAUUGA